CUCUAUCGUCGUCCUCUCUCUCUACGAACUCUCGAGCGGCUCUCUCCAUCCUCCUCCUCCGCUCCCCCACGAUCCAUCGCAAUGAUUAUCCCGAAGAAGAAUCGCCAUGAGAUCUGCAAGUACCUCUUCCAAGAGGGGGUGCUCUACGCGAAGAAGGACUACAACCUGGCGAAGCACCCGCUGGUCGACGUGCCGAACCUCCACGUGAUUAAGCUGAUGCAGAGCUUCAAAUCGAAGGAGUACGUGAGGGAGACCUUCGCGUGGCAACACUAUUACUGGUACCUCACCAACGACGGGAUCGAGCACCUCCGAACCUACCUCAACCUUCCCUCCGAGAUCGUCCCCGCCACUCUUAAAAAGUCCGCGAAGCCGCCCUCUCGGCCCUUCGGAUCUGGCCCUCCCGGCGAUCGCCCUAGGGGUCCACCGCGCUUCGAAGGAGAUAGGCCGAGGUUUGGGGACAGAGAUGGGUACCGCGGAGGUCCUCGAGGGGCUCCUGGUGAUUUUGGCGGUGACAAGAGUGGUGCUCCGCCUGAGUUUCAGCCAUCAUUUAGGGGUUCUGGCUCUAGGCCUGGCUUUGGGCGUGGUAGUGGUGGCUUUGGAGCAGGUCCGACAUCCUCAAUGGAGUAAAAUUCAUUUCGCCGCAUAAACUAUCAGAAAUUAUGUAGCAGUCCAAGUUCUUUCUAUAUUUAUUUGGCUUGAUUCUGUUAUCAAGUGCUAGUUAAUUUUGUGACAUGGUGUACGUGUUAAAGACGGCGAGUCAUCUGGCAGAUAGAUCUGAAUAUUUGUUUGCUCUGGCGAGAAAGUACUUUAUUUUAGCCUUUUCACUUCGCAAAUAGUUUUGGUUUUGUGUUGACAAUGUCUGAUUGUGGCUGGUGAUUUUGCCCAACGCAGAGAUGCAAUUUGUAGAAA